GAAGCGACUUGUCCAAAGUCAUACUGCUAGUAAAUGGCGGGUAGGAUUUGAACCCUUGUCCUUGGAGCACCGCACCACGCCUCCGGGGUCAGAUUCCAUCCCGUGAAUUCCACUGUGUCACCGCGGGGCUCCGGAGCAGCGCGCGGAGCCAAGCCUGGGCAAGCUGGCGCGCGUGCGCGCCCGGAGUACCCAGCUCCCGCCCUUGCAGUCCGCGAGCCAGCCUGCCCUCCUCCCUCUCGGCCUCUCCACCUCCAGUGCACGUCUCUUCCCGGCCGCCGUCCAGCACUCCUUCUACCACUAACCUUUAUCCUCCAGUCACAUCUCCCGUCUCCCCGGCAGCACCCAGCGCGCAGACGUAUGCUCCCCGGCCCCGCCUCCUUCAUGUUCCCCUCCCUCCUCCGUUCCUCCCCUCCCUUCCUGGGCUAGGGGGCCUCCCACCCUGAAGCGGCGCUUGAAGCCAAGUUGCUGCGGCCUGGGCUGUGCGAGCGCUCGGUCAGCCGACAGUACUCUACCAUGCUGCCCAGUCUAAGCACCAGUCCGAAUUUAGAAAGCUUAAACAACUUUGGGGAUCAUGGCUUUAGAGCUGAAGUGGACCUUGGAGCUCAUCCAGCCCAACCUGCUCGUUGUAUAACUGAGACAGACAGAGCAGGGGUGAUGGCGGCAAGCUGGGAAAGCAUUCUGCAGAAUGAACAGCAGCUGGAAGAGCUGGCCCGGCAGGCCGUGGAAAAGGCCUUCAUGGAGGGAGUGGUGAUGAGGACCAAGCAGGAUCCCAGCUCCUCUGAUAUUGUAAGUUAUGCCCCCUUCACAUUGUUCCCCUCCGCAGUACCCAGAGAACUCCUGGAGCAGGCCUACGAGGUACAAGCAGACUUCAACCUCCUUGUGGACACAGUUAGCCAGGACUACACCUUCUUGGAACAGACUCUCUCCAGCACCAUUAAAAUAGAUGACUUCAUUGAGAAGCUCUUUAGCAUCUACAAACAAGUCCUGAAAGAGGGUGUUGCCCAGACGGUGUUUCUAGGACUGAAUCGCUCUGAUUACAUGUUUAAACGCAGUGCAGCUGGCCCCCCGGUCCUGAAACAAAUCGAGAUCAACACCAUUUCUGCCAGCUUUGGGGGCCUCUCCUCCAAGAGCCCAGCUGUGCAUCGGCACGUCCUUAAUGUCCUGGGCAAAACAAAGGAAGCUUCCUGUAUCCUCUCCAAUAAUCCCAGCAAGGGGCUGGCCCUGGGCAUUGCCAAAGCGUGGGAACUCUACGGUUCACCCAAGGCUCUGGUUCUUGUCAUUGCUCAAGAAAAGGAAAGAAAUGUGUAUGAUCAACACUACAUAGAACAUGACCUAUUAGCCAGGAACAUCCAUGUGAUUCGGCGAACAUUUCAAGAUGUUGCUAAAACAGGAACUUUGACCCAAGACCGGAAGUUGUUUGUGAAUGGCCAAGAGAUUGCUGUGGUUUACUUCCGUGACGGCUACAUGCCCAGUCAGUACAGCCCCCAGAAUUGGGAAGCACGCUUGCUCCUGGAGAGGUCAUGUGCUGUGAAGUGCCCAGACAUAGCCACUCAGCUGGUUGGGACCAAGAAGGUCCAGCAGGAGCUGAGCCGCCCAGGGGUGCUGGAGACCUUGAUACCAGACCACCCAGAAGCUGUAGCCCGCCUCAGGGCCACAUUUGCAGGCCUGUACUCCUUGGAUGUGGGUGAAGAAGGUGACCGUGCUAUCAUGGAGGCCAUCGCUGCCCCAGACCGAUUUGUCCUGAAGCCCCAAAGGGAGGGUGGAGGAAACAACCUGUAUGGGGAGGAGAUGGCACGAACCCUAGAGCAGCUGAAAACCAGUGAGAAGAGGGCUUCCUAUAUUCUCAUGGAGAAAAUUGAGCCUGAGCCCUUUGGGAACUGUCUCUUGCAAGCUGGGAUCCCUGCACGUGUGAGCCAGUGCAUUUCAGAGCUGGGCAUCUUUGGUGUUUAUGUCAGGCAAGGGAAGACGCUGCUGAUGAACAAGCAUGUGGGUCACCUUCUCCGUACCAAAUCCACGAAACAUGCAGAUGGUGGGGUGGCUGCUGGGGUCGCUGUCCUAGACAACCCCUAUCCAGUGUGAAGGGCUGGUAGAAACCUUGGUCACAGGGCCCCUGACCCCUGUGUGGAUGCAGGUGUGGGGCAGGCCUGGUUAAGUAAAUGACCUUGGAUUCUCCCCCCCUUUCUUCAGACUUCCCCUCCCUCUCAGCCUAGAUUGCCUUCAGAUGGCCAGAAAAGCAGCAGGAAACUGUUUUUUUUCCCUGAGCCUUAGGCCCUUGAAACCCCGUGGGAUCAGAGGCCUGCCCUCGCCCUCCCCUCUGCCUGUGGACUAGCUCCGCACCCCUCAAAUAAAGAUGCAUUGAUUAAA